AUGUUCCAGCAUAAUAUUUUAAGCAUUCUGUGUUACGGCCAAUAUUUUAUAUCAACAAUUCAGUUUUACAUUAAUACGGAAAACGAAACAACACUCGAUGGACAAAGUUUUAUUAAAAAUAUUAUUAAUGGGAAAGAUCCAACUACUUCCAAGGGCGUAUUAUUCUUCACUGCGCCUUAUAAAAUCUGCGCUGGAGGCUGUAAAAAUGAACAAAACUUUCAUAUGGUAUUUCCACUAUAUGUAGGAAAAUCUGCAAAUAAGAGAUAUAAAGAGAUAUAUUCGAGGGACUAUAAGAACAUUUAUUCAGGCCGCUCUGACGUGCCGUUUAAGAAGUCGACUACCAGGAAAAUAUGGACGCUACCCUCCGAGUGUCCUAAUAUUACAUCUACAGCUAAGAGUAAAGAGGCCACCUCAGAUUAUCUUAGUGAAGAAUUGGAUGUGAAACCUCCUUCCGUCAGACCAGACUGUCCCGUCAGAAUAAGUAGAGUUCAUUUUGUGAUAUUUAUCUCUGGUACUUUGGCGAAUGUUUCUCUUAGAAGAGGCGUCUCCAUGACCACUGAAGGAGUAACAAGAAGCGGUUUUAUUCGUAGACAUGGAACUAAUAUGGAUUUGAAUCAUGAUCUUCUAGAAUGCGAGUGUCCACCAAAUAAUGAGUGCAAGAUAGAGUAUAAAUUAGACGAUAAUGUCUUACAUCUUCAACAUCUACGUGGUAUAAUAGAGGAUCAUGACCUCCGAAGGUUUUAUAAAGAAAACAACGAGUCAAUCGUUGUAAGACGAAGACGCAAUAGUGGUAAUACGUGUUGCUGUCCAAUAAUAGUAGCAAAAGUACCAGCUUUUAUAACGGAAAAAAGGUUUAAGGAUGUCAUAAAACGAUUUGAAAAUAAUAAAAUCUCAGAGUCUAAAUGA